AUUAUGCUACCAUUCGCUUAUUUAUCUAAACGUAUAUUACCAUGCAAAAUGUGGGGUAUUGGUAUGUGCUUUUCAUCGGCAGCGACACCUGCACCAGGCAGGAUAUAUACACAAAGAGAACUGUUUGAAGUGAAAAAAGCUAUGAUGACAUCAAACAAUCCUGAAAGUUAUGCAUUGGCAUCUGCAUUUAUGAAUCAUCGGGCCGAUCGUCCAUCGAACUACAAACCCGAUGUGCCCAUGGGUCGAUUCAUCCAACCUUCUCUUAAGGAAAAGAGACUUCUUGUUUUAACAAGAAUCUACAAACGUGUAUCUGAUAUUCCGGAAUCUAUUAGGUGGGAGAUUCUAGCUUCGGUUCUUAGCUAUAAAAAACGGUGUAGAUACAAUUUUGAAUUGAUCGAUUGA